GCCAUAUUCAUCUGUGGUUGGGCCACCAGGCCCAAGCGUCGGCCGUUGUCAUCCUGCCGUGAAUCCUGCGAUAGGACCCCGAUCCGAUGAUGGACAAGCAUCAGGCGUGCAGGUUGCAGACUUCCAAAGUAACGUUUCGGGGCCGUGCACGGCGUUAGCAGAGGAGGAUCCAUAUAUAGCAUUUAUGAACAGAUCGGAUGACUGGCAAAUCACAGCAGCACUCCAAGCUGCGAAAGCAAGGAUCGAGCCAAAGUAUCAUCGAGGGCUAGAUAUCAUGUCCGGAUACCAAGCUCCUGGCGAUGAUAAUGAAACCAGCACUCCGGGCUUCGACAAACUCUCAGUCAUUGUACAAGCCGCUCAAGCCGCCUUGAGAGAAGAUCUUGUUGCAUUCAUUGAUCAACACCUUCUGGGAUGGCUCAAAAGUGGCUUGUGGCCACCAACGUCUCCUUCAAACGUUGGUGACCAUGCACUGUCGAUUCAACGCUCUCUGGACAUGAUUGAUGCUGAGGUGUACGAGGAUGAAAUGGCCAAAAUCCUCAUGCGACGCUUGGUGCGGGUGCGACUCUGUUACUGGCACGAUGAGCAGAUCAAAGCCCUCCGAGCCAACUCCAGUUCCCGACAAGCCGAUCAGGGAGUCGGCCUAGAGACAGAAGCAGCCGACAUGCUUCUCCGAAAUGCCUACGUGGAGUGGGAGCAGUUCAGUGAGCAGACCAAGCAAAAUGUUCGCGACAGGUUUCACGCACGGAAGCGAGUCGGUCGCCGAUGGUGCGAGCUGGCCCAGUUCCUGGGUCCAGGGAUCUUGAUCACGUGCGGUGCGAACAUGGACACUCAAAUUCGCAACUUUCCGCCGUACGGAACCCAUGGAAUCGCCAUAUAUGUACAAAAUUGCUUUCCAAGUUUGAUACACGUUUGCCGAUAUUUUGAAUCCGUUGUGGAAGUAUUUCUUCGGAGGGGAAGGAUGACCGAUUCAGCUCUGAAUGACUGGCGGAUCGAGUUGGAUGAAGAAUCCUUGAGAAAAGGUAUAGAGGAGCUUAGGGACGAACCCCGAUCACCAGAAAUGCUCAUGAAUCCUCGACCUGUGGGCGGCGAAUCCUCGGAGUCGACCACGUUUGUUCGAAAAGCACUGUCAUCGGAAUAA